GCUGCUACGUUUAGUAGCAACGUUCUGCCGAUAUAUCUGUUAAGUUUGGCGGCUAACUAUCAGGCGUUUAAUGUAUCUUGCGUAAUAAUCCAGAUUCUACAUGUUAACACUGCAAACUAGCUUGCGAGGUGAACGUAACCUUGUCUGAAAAGCAUCUCUGAACAUAAUUGGAACACGAAAUUACGAUGCCAUCCCCGAUGGAGGGAUCUUCCAGAGAAGGUGACCUCUUUACUGUGAAACAUGAGCUGAAAAAUGCCAACCUGACGGGCCAUGUAGAGAGGGUGGGCAUUGAAAACUUUGAGCUAUUAAAGGUGCUGGGCACAGGAGCAUAUGGCAAGGUGUUCCUCGUGAGGAAAGUGAGUGGUCAUGAUGCGGGGAAGCUGUAUGCCAUGAAGGUUUUGAAAAAGGCCACUAUUGUACAAAAGGCAAAGACUGCCGAACACACACGGACAGAGCGGCAAGUGCUGGAGCACAUCCGCCAGUCUCCAUUCCUCGUCACACUUCACUACGCCUUCCAGACGGAUACCAAGCUGCACCUCAUUCUCGAUUAUGUAAAUGGUGGGGAGCUCUUCACACAUUUGGUGCAAAGGGUGCGAUUUAAGGAGCAAGAAGUAGCCUUGUACAGUGGAGAGAUUGUGUUGGCGCUAGAACAUCUGCACAAGCUUGGGAUUGUCUAUCGAGACCUGAAACUUGAGAAUAUUCUACUGGAUUCAAGUGGUCAUAUAGUUCUCACAGACUUUGGCCUCAGUAAAGAAUUUGAUCAGAUGGAACGGGCGUUUUCUGUCUGCGGCACCAUUGAAUAUAUGGCUCCAGAAAUUGUGGAAGGCGGAGAGUCUGGACAUGACAAGGCGGUGGACUGGUGGAGCCUCGGCGUGUUGAUGUACGAGCUUUUGACUGGCGGAUCACCCUUCACCGUUGAUGGAGAUGAGAACUCACACACAGACAUUGCCAAGAGGAUUUCAAAAAAGGAUCCUCCUUUCCCCAAAGAUAUGGGACCACUGGCCAAAGAUGUCAUCCAGCGACUCCUCAUUAAAGAUCCAAAGAAGAGACUGGGCUCAGGUCCUAAUGGAGGAGAGAAUGUAAAGAAACACCCGUUUUACCAGAAAAUUAACUGGGAGGACCUGGCAGCUAAGAAGGUGCCUGCCCCGUUCAAGCCAGUGAUUCGGGAUGAGCUGGACGUCAGCAACUUUGCCGAAGAGUUCACGGAGAUGGACCCAACCUACUCUCCUGCAGCUCUGCCUCAGAACUGUGACCGCAUCUUCCAGGGCUACUCUUUCAUGGCCCCCUCCAUCCUGUUCAAGAGGAAUGUGGUGAUGGACGACCCUGUCCAGCUGUGUGGGGGCUCUGAGAGGCCAGGCUCUGCUGCGGUGGCCCGCAGCGCCAUGAUGAAGGACUCACCUUUCUAUAUGAGUUAUGAGAUGGACCUGAGGGACAGCGUCCUGGGAGAGGGUAGCUUCUCCAUCUGCAGACGCUGCACACACAAGAAGACUGGACAGAAAUACGCUGUCAAGAUUGUCAGCAAGAGGAUGGAGGCACAGACUCAGCGGGAAAUAGCAGCCCUGAAGCUCUGCGAUGGCCACCCUAACAUCGUCAAGCUACAUGAAAUUUACCACGACCAGCUCCACACGUACCUGGUCCUGGAGCUGCUUGGGGGAGGGGAGCUGCUGGAGAGGAUCCGCAGAAAGCAACAUUUCAGCGAAACAGAGGCCAGCCGCAUCAUGAGAAGGCUGGUGUCAGCUGUCAGUCACAUGCACGAUGUUGGAGUGGUGCACAGGGACCUUAAACCGGAGAACCUGCUCUUCACAGAUGAGAGUGAGAACUCCGAGAUAAAAAUCAUAGACUUUGGCUUUGCUCGCCUCAAACCGCCAGACAAUCAGCUCCUGAAGACUCCCUGCUUCACGCUGCAGUACGCUGCACCAGAGAUACUCAAAUAUGAUGGCUACGAUGAGUCCUGUGACCUGUGGAGUCUGGGGGUCAUUCUGUACACCAUGCUGUCUGGCCAGGUGCCUUUCCAGUGUCAGGAAAAGAGCCUGACCCACACCAGUGCAGAGGAAAUCAUGAAGAAAAUCAAACAGGGGGACUUCUCGUUUGAAGGCGAGGCCUGGAGAAAUGUGUCCCAGCAGGCCAAGGACCUUAUACAAGAGCUGCUGACGGUGGACCCAAACAAGAGGAUUAAGAUGUGUGGCCUACGUUACAACGCCUGGCUCCAGGACGACAGCCAGCUGUCCUCCAACCCACUCAUGACCCCGGACAUUCUUGGCUCCUCCACUGCCUCCGUCCACACUUACGUCAAAGCUACCUUUAAUGCAUUUAACAAAUGUAAGCGGGAAGGUUUCCGCCUGCAGACGGUGGACAAGGCGCCACUAGCCAAGAGGAGGAAGAUGAAAAAGACAAGUACCAGCACAGAGACCCGCAGCAGUUCCAGUGAGAGCACCCACUCUUCAUCCUCCUCCUCCCAGUCUCAGGAGAAGACUUCCGACGCCAACCCGCAGCCCUCCAACAGCACGCCUGUCAACACUCCUGUGGCGCUGGGACCGGACUCUGAGCACCAAGCAGCACAUCCAGCCUUUAACUUCUCAGAAGGACAGUGAGACAGCGAGAGGAAAAGGCAGAUUCACAUAGUUUCAUGAACCGCAGGAUGGCUCGGACCAGCGUAGAGACCGCUCUCCUCUCUUUCUCUCAGUCCCCGGCAGCUCUCUGCCUCUGGCUCAAUUGCAUGGACGUCCGCACGUCUCCAAAACCAAGCAUGCAGCAGGAGCAGCAACCGUCACCUCAAUAUCAAUCAAUCAAUCAGUCAUCACUAGCAAUAGCCUCUCCUUUUUCUUUCUCUCUCACUCUCACACACAGACUGUAUCAAUCAGGGACUGGACCAGGAAGAAGUUGUCACCGGUGUCCAAAAUGAAAAGGGCUGCCCUACUGCCCCAGGUCCAGACAGACAAUGGAGAGACAUCUUCAGUCUCAUCAUAAAAUCACAGCUCAAUCUGUCCGCUCCAUGUACCCGUCUUUGUCCACGCCUCUAGAGGUUUCAAAGGGAAAGUCGUAGUGUUUACACCAUGGAUGCUUUGCAUUUUUUUUUGUCAAAGGGAGAGAAGCAACGCAACGUGCUGCAGCGUAACGUAACGUGGGUCCACUUCUCUUUUCCGGGAAGUCUCUGCGAGAUGGAGCAGGGUAUUUAUAUGUGAAUUUUACAGACUGAAAUUAUUUAUGAUAAGCUAUAUUGUUAACUUAUUUAUGGCUCAGACUGAUCUGAAAAGAAUUAAUGGAUAUGGUGAGUCUUUUAAAAAAAUAGAAAAAGACAUUUUGUGUAUGUGUCUGUUUUUCCCUAUCAGCUCUAAAGACUGUUUCCAGGAUGGUUGUGCAUACAUCUUUGUAAUCAUUGAAGACAUCAGAGCUUCAAGUGCAAGUAGGUUACUGAGACACAGUCAUGUAGAUAUUGUAAGAUUAUUAUAGGCAAGAAGAGAUUAACACCAUUAAGCUACUGGUUAAUGGUUGUGAAGCAUUUUGUCAAAUUUAUGUUACCAAAGUCGUUUGGAUUGAUAGAAUUAUUUAUGGAGGAGAAUUUUGGGAUUGAACUGCAGCUGUGUCCAGUGUUCAAAAAAGUCAAAUUCCUUGUUUGUAAAGAUUAAAGAAGCAAAAGUUUAAACAUCUUUUUGUAGGAACAACCAAAUGUGGAUGUUGUGUGUUCAGCCAAAUCUGUGGUUUUAUUGUUGUAUGGGGAGUACUGCCGCCCGCGGAGAUGUGACCCCACAAGAAGAGCUAUAUUUAGAUUUAUUUCGCCUCUGAUGUGGGAGCAUGACUACUUCAAGGCUCAGCAUUGCUGCUGUUCCACAUAUUCUGAUCCUCAAGUCAUUAUAUUUAGCCCGGCAGCGGAUUUGCCUUGUGUGGUGUCGGACUUAAUUGUCUAGUUAUCACUACAACCAAUUGGAUUGAGCCGAGUGGCCCAAAUGGAAAAUUCAGAUCAGCUUAGUGCGAGGUGAAUGUGUCAAGAGGUUUGUGGUUGACUUUUCUGAGAUCCAAGAUGCCAAAAGGAAGCGUCAAGUGGCUUCCUUUUCAGAUGAAACAUGAGAGGUUUAUGUGCCAAAAUGCCAAAAUAUAUGAUUAUUAGUUAGUUAAGGGUGGUGGCAGAUUCACACUUUUUUAAUGCAAUGUUGUGCAAAAAGUUGCCCCUUGUUUCCAGGCUUAAAGUCUUACAACUAUAAAAUAUAACCCUUUAUGAAAACAAGUUCCUGCGGAGAGACCUCAAACACCCCUUUUACUUUCGACACCAUCCCUUGCUCUAUUUAAAAUGUUGUGCUGCAUGACUGAAAUGGUGAUCUUUGCACUGUGUGACAGCUCUCACUUUGAGGCAGAUAUCUGGUUAGUAUUAAGCCCCCAGUGCAUGAUGUAAAAUUAAACAUCAACCACUUCUUUUUUCUUGUUUUUUAUGGGCAUUUUCUGGGCAGAUUCUUACUUGAUUUAACGUAAGUUUGUUCUCUUGCACAUUUUAAACAUCCCCGAUUUAAUUCGGGACUGAAGUUUUGUUGUUUGAGGUGUCAUGGAUGUAAACGCCGAAACCCCUUUUACAAUAGCCUGAAUCUUGUAAUGUUCUAAUAUUACAAUACUGGUGUUAGCCAAGGUAGUUAGGCUAGUAAACGCCAUGCUCUGUGAAUUGUUUUUUGCGAGUCUGUGUUAGUCUGUUUCCCUGGUAAUAGUUGAAAUACUGUAUUCUGUUAAUAUGUACAAGGGUAUUUGUGUUCAGUGUGUGAAGCUGCCUACAAACAGUUUCUCCUGCUCAAUCAGGAUACAAAUUCUUAGUUGGACUACUGUGUGCAUUUAAAUACACUUCUUCAUCUUCCAUUUUAAUGCACUCUGAAUCUGAACCAAAGCAUUAACUUCAAGGUAGCUGCUCUAAGCUGCAUGAGAUAUUUCCUUUCAUGCAAAUAUGCAAAGAAAUGCUUCUUAUAUCACCGUUUCUGUUUGUUCUGUCCAAUUGGUGAGAUCCGUUAGAUGUUUCUAUCUCAGAUAAUUUUGUAACGGUGUACAGUGUGUUUCUUCAGAGAUUCUUUAUUGGAUAUAUAAUAUCCAUAUCCAGCACAUUAUCAUGCUUUAAACUAUGCAUCUCUUUGGACUGUUGUGUUGCUUUUACCAUUUCAAGAAGACCUCACCAAAUGGGUUCAAAAAUAAUGCUAUAAAGGGUGUACCAGGAUGUACAUAUUGUGUACUUUUACUCUCAUGGCAUCAGCCACAAAAAGAAAAGUGGGAUCCAUUGGCAUAUGAAAAGCUGGAAUCCUUGGAGCUAAACACUACAAAACUCUUGUAUAACUUAGUUCGCAUGAGUUCCCCGUUGCUGCCUCAUUAAGCCUCUUUUCUUUUGUUUGGGUGUAUUAAUAGCUCAAGUGGAGGAAGAGGAAAAGUGUCCUAUAUUGAGCUCCCCUCUGGGAGCCAGGUUCUAUUAGCUGAUGUACUGCAGUGCUGUUUGUUCCAAAGAAAAUACCGUUCUCCACUCACUGCCUCUGUGGGACCCAGCUCACUUUUCUUUGUGGGGAAAAUAACAGUGCAUCCUGGGAAAGGGUUGCUUUAGUAACGUCUCUUGGGGCUGAUUUUCAAAGUCGGUUUUCCCCCUUUGAUGAACUUUAGCGUGCCACUAUGAGGAGGAGGG